AUGAUCAGUUUGGAUUACCGGCUAGAUCAACAGGCAGGAAUCGAUACCAUGACAAACCUAAAAGAGGUGUUGAUUCGGAUUUCAUAUCUUGGAAGGAAAGCUACCAGCCUUAUAGACAACCGGGGAGGUCUCGUUCAAGGCCGAAGCGAAGUCGUAGCAGCCAAUUCAGCGACGAACAACAUUGAAAAUCCAAGGUUAUCUGAAUAUAAUUUCAAAAUUAACUUAGCCAGGUUAGUCGCGGCAAUCGGGAAGAUUGAGGGUGCAAAAUGGCCCAGACCAAUGCAGUCAGACCCUAGUCAGAGGAAUCUAAAUUUGUUAUGCGAUUAUCAUGGGACUCAAGGGCAUCGGACCUCUGAUUGUCAUUACUUACGUGAUGAGGUUGCGCGACUAUUAAAGGAUGGUCAUUUAAGGGAGUUUUUGAGUGAUAGAGCUAAGGAGAAUUACGGUAAUAAUAGGGAUUCGAGCAAACAAGAGGUUCAGGUUGAGCUACAUCUUGUGAUUAACAUGAUAACUGACGAACCUAUGGAUACCAGAAUGUCCUUUUCAAUAAAAAAGGAUAAGUUGUCGGAAGCAUAUGAUCAAAGAGCCCAAGGACUUAUGCAUGAGGUUGUAGUAUCGUUCACCAAUGAAGAGGCGAAAGACUUAAUUUCACCUCACCCCGAUACUCUGGUAAUUUAUGUUAUGAUUAAUCAUUAUAGAAUUACAGAUGUUGUGAUUGAUCGAGGUAGUUCGACCAAUGUCAUUCAAUGGGGAGUCAUUGAACAACUGGCAAUGAUGGGAAAAUUGACGCCAUUCGUGAGAGUAUUCAAUGGAUUCAGUGAAGCAAGUAAAACAACAAAGGGGCAAAUCGAGCUACCAGUUAAUACAGGUGGUGUGAUAAAAAAAAUACGAGGUUUUACUGUAACGACCCACCUGUUCGUUAUAGCGCUUUUGACCUAA